AUGUCCUUUUCUGCUCUGGUAGCUAUGACAGGGUUCAUUUUCAUGGUUUGGCAUACAUGGCAUUAUGAUCAAUGGAGAUGUUUACUAUACUCGAAAGCAGAUUGGUUCCGAGCUGUCAUGUGUCAUAUCUUACUUGGAUCCAUAGCGUGUUUGAUGGUAUAUAUUUGGAUAUGCGUGCAUGUCUUAUAUGCUGAGUACUAUAUCUACCUACCACAAACUCAACAGACGAUCGUCGCACCAUGGCAACUAUGGACCAGUCUUCAUCAAGAUCUAUGGCGAAUCUCCUUAUAUUUUAUGACUGCGGGAUGGGGUUUCUUACAAGCAAUUCAUCUCGAAGAGUUCCUAUAUUGGGGAUAUUUGAUCAAAUCAAUCAAAACUCCCGGUGGACCUAAAUCCACAUGGUUAAAAUCUGGUUUCUUCAAAUUAUGGAUAUGUCUAUCUGUAUCAUCACUCGCCCUGUUGGUAGGAGCAGUACGUAUCGAAACGGGUGAUUUGGAUAUGAUGAGAGCGUAUUUGUUCCUCGUUGGUUCAGUAAUGAGUACAAUCCUCGCCCUCGCAUCGAUAAUUCUAUGUUUCAUCUUUCCCUCUUUCCUCCGUACGGUCAAAAGACAAGGUGCAGGAUAUGAAGUGCUGGAAAGAUUGUAUUUCUUCUCUGAGAUGAAUCAGAUAAGAACAUUUUGCAGAGUAGCUUAUAGCGUUGCGAUCUUGAUAUUAUCGGUCGAUGGUUUGACGGAAGGUAAAACGAUCAAUAAGACUGGAUUCUGGCACGAUUUAUUGUACUUGAUCGGUCAGCUGGCACUGUUCACUGCUACCUGUUUAUCCAUUGUUGUGUUGUUACCCCGAAACAUGACUUCCGAAUCACUCCCUCCUCACGGGAAAGAUCAAACCUUUUUGCCUAUGGCACCAUACAAGCGACCUCUGCCAGCUCGAUACGUCAACACUGCUAAUACAAAGGACUACGAUGGAUACUCUGUCAAGCAAUACUACGAAUUGGGCGAAAGGUUGAAUGUUGGUCCCGAUGCCAUUACAAGUGGUUAUCCUAAUCCCUUCCCAAGCCCGAAUGGCAGAGGAGUAGGAGGACCAGAAAAGAUUGAAAUGUCACUUAACCCCAAACCAUCUACAUCGAGUGGACAUAGUGGAAUGGAAGAAGCUCCAUUUACUGAAAUUGCGGAUCGAACGAAAAGAGCAAGAUUAUCUGAAUUCCCAAAUUUACCUAGCGUAGUAUCUAAAUUCAAGUCUCCAUUCGAAGUCAGUCAACCGAAGAGUAAAGGUCCGACUCAGGUGUUUGUCACUAGUCAUACGGUUGUUGAAGAGUAG